AGCUCCAGCGCCCGUGGGGGAGGAGCGGCGGCGGCGGAGCUGCUGUGGCGACCGACGCGAGGCAGUGGCAGAGGAGACCCACCCCUGUCCACAUGGACAGCCGCAAAUGCCUCCGCUGAUGCUUUCACCCCUAGGCGGGGUGGGCGGGCGGCCUUAGCGGCGGCGACUGCAGAAGAAGCGAAGGCUCCGGGGGUGCCUGACGGUCGCGGAGCCUUCGCCGCCCCGGCGCGGCGGGUGCGGCCAUUUUACGGCCUGGGCCGAAAGGAGGCGUGUUUGUGUGCCCGCCUUCAUCUUCCCUUCCUGGGGCCUGCGUUCGGCGGAGGCUUCUCAGGCGGCCUGGGUGGGCGGUGGAUGGGGAGUCGUGGGCCGAGAGGAGCCGGGCCCGGGAAGCGCCGCCGCCGCCGCCGCCGCUCGCGUUCCCCCGGAGGGGCCUGAGGAGAAGCCCAGGCCGCGCUCGCCGCCCGCCAGCCCGCGGAAAGGCCCGGGCGAGCCUGGCCUGCUUUUGUGUAGGCCUCGCCUGGACGUGGGAGCGCCGCCUGCCUGACGGCUGAGCCCGAGGCCAGCAGCCCUGCGGCGGCUACCCUCCGGCGGCUCGGCCCCUCAUCCUGGCGAGCACGGAGGCGGUGUGGGCCAUGGAUUAAGGAGGCGGCGGCGUGGGAGGAGGAAGAUGGCGGCCGGCAAGAGCGGCGGUAGCUCUGGGGAGAUUACUUUUCUGGAAGCUUUGGCUAGAUCAGAGUCUAAGAGAGAUGGAGGUUUUAAAAGUAAUUGGAGCUUUGAUCAUGAAGAAGAAAGUGAAGGAGAUACAGAUAAAGAUGGGGCAAAUCUACUCAGUGUAGAUGAAGAUGAGGAUUCUGAAACCUCAAAAGGAAAAAAGUUAAAUCGUCGAUCGGAAAUUGUUGCUACUAGUUCUGGUGAUUUCAUCUUGAAGACAUAUGUAAGACGAAACAAGACUGACAGUUUUAAAACUUUGAAAGGCAACCCAAUUGGACUUAACAUGUUGAGCAACAAUAAGAAAUUGAGCGAAAAUACACAAAAUACAUCAUUAUGUUCUGGAACUGUAGUUCAUGGUAGACGUUUUCAUCAUGCUCAUGCACAGAUACCAGGAGUAAAAACAGCAGCACAAAGCAAUCUGGACCGAAAAGAAAGGAAAGAAUACCCACCUCAUGUCCAAAAAGUUGAAAUUAGUUCAGUAAGGUUAAGUCGGCCCCAAGGUGUGGAACGUGUAACAAAAAAAACAGAAGAGUCUGACUCACAUGUGGAGCCUGAAAUUAAGAGGAAAGUACAACAGAAACGGCACUGCAGUGCUUAUCAACCUAAUCCUCUGUCUCCUGCUUCAAAAAAAUGUUUAACGCAUUUAGAGGUUUCUGAACAGCGUGAAUGUUGUCCAAAAUGUGGAAAGGAAAAAGAAAAUCAGACCAAAUGUCAGAGUUGUGGUAUUCUUUUUCGUAAUGAUUUGCAAAAAUCUUGCAGACAAGCUAUAACUUUGAAUGAAUCUACUGGACCAUUAUUAAGAACAUCAAUUCAUCAGAAUUCUGGAGGACAGAAGCUACAAAACACAGGACUAACAACUAAGAAGUUUUAUGGCAACAAUGUGGAAAAAGUUCCUAUUGAUAUUAUUGUGAAUCGUGAUGAUAGUAGACAUAAUUAUUUACAGACUAAUGGAAAAAUCAUUUUACCUGGGACAAAAAUACCCAAAAUCACAAGCUUGAAAGAAAGGAAAACAAGCUCAUCAGACCUAAAUGAUCCAAUCAUUUUGUCCAGUGACGAUGAUGAUGACAUUGAUAAGGCUAACAGAAGAGAGAGCAUAUCUCCUCAGCCUGCUGAUUCAGCAUGUUCUUCCCCAGCACCAUCCACUGGAAAAGUAGAAGCAGCACUGAAUGAAAAUAGCUGCAGAGCAGAGCGUGAACUAAGAAGCAUUCCAGCAGAAUCAGAAUUAAAUACAGUUACAUUGCCAAGAAAAGCAAGAAUGAAAGACCAGUUUGGCAAUUCUAUUAUCAAUACACCUCUAAAACGCCGUAAAGUGGUUUCUCAAGAAACUUCAGUUAAUUCUGUAUCUUUAAGCUGCCAAAGUUCCUUUGACAGUGUCAUUUUAAACUGUCGAAGUAUACGAGUAGGAACAAUCUUCCGGCUACUAAUAGAGCCUGUAAUUUUUUGUUUAGAUUUUAUCAAGAUACAUCUAGACGAACCGGAAAGUGAUCCUAUAGAGAUUAUUUUAAAUACCUCUGAUCUAACAAAAUGUGAAUGGUGUAAUGUCCGGAAAUUACCAGUAGUGUUUCUUCAGGCAACACCAGCAGUUUAUCAAAAGCUGAGCAUGCAGCUGCAAAUGAAUAAGGAGGAUAAAGUUUGGAAUGACUGUAAAGGAAUAAAUAAACUAACAAAUUUGGAAGAGCAAUAUAUAAUUUUAAUUUUUCAAAAUGGCCUUGAUCCUCAGGCAAAUAUGAUAUUUGAAAGUAUCAUUUCUGACAUUGGUGUAAAGAAUAAUGUUUCCAAUUUUUUUGCAAAAAUUCCCUUUGAAGAAGCCAAUAGUAGACUUGUUGCCUGCACUAGAACCUAUGAAGAAAGUGUCAAAGGAAGUUCUGUGCAAAAAGAAAACAAAAUUAAAACUGUGUCCUUUGAAUCUAAAAUACAACUUAGAAACAAGCAGGAAUUCCAGUUUUUUGAUGAUGAGGAGGAAACUGGAGAGAACCACACUAUAUUUAUUGGUCCUGUAGAAAAAUUGAUAGUAUAUCCACCACCUCCAGCUAAAGGAGGCAUCUCUGUUACUAAUGAAGACCUACACUGUCUAAGUGAAGGAGAAUUUUUAAAUGAUGUUAUUAUAGACUUUUAUUUGAAAUAUUUGGUGCUUGAAAAACUCAAGAAAGAAGAAGCUGAUCGAAUUCAUAUAUUUAGUUCUUUUUUCUAUAAACGCCUUAAUCAGAGGGAGAGGAGAAAUCAUGAAACAACCAAUUUGUCAAUACAGCAGAAACGACAUGGGCGAGUAAAAACAUGGACGCGGCAUGUAGAUAUUUUUGAGAAGGAUUUUAUUUUUGUACCCCUUAAUGAAGCUGCACACUGGUUUUUGGCUGUUGUUUGUUUUCCUGGUUUGGAAAAACCAAAGUAUGAACCUAAUCCUCAUUACCAUGAAAAUGCAGGCAUACAAAAAUGUUCAGCUGUAGAGGACAGUUGUAUUUCUUCUCCUUCAGCCAAUGAAAUGGACAGUUCACAAAACUCUUCAGCCAAGCCUGUAAUUAAAAAGAUGCUAAACAAAAAGCAUGGCAUAGCUGUAACUGAUUCAAGUGUGGGGCAGGAAGAAAGUGACCCUUGUUUUCGGAGAAAUAUAUGCAAUGUGAAAUGUAGUGUGAAAAAAAUUAAUCAUACUGCGAGUGAAAAUGAAGAAUCAAAUAAAGGAGAACCAGCAUGCCAGAAAGUUGUUGAUAGGUCUAAAAAUGAGAAUUGCCUACAGAAUGAAAGUUUAAGUUCUAUACACCAUCCAGAUGGCUUAAGCAAAAUCAGACUAAAUUACAGUGAUGAAUCAACUGAAAGUGGUAAAAUGCUUGAUGAGGAACUUAUUGACUUCUCAGAAGAUCAAGAUAACCAGGAUGACAGCAGUGAUGAUGGAUUCCUUGCUGAUGACAACUGCAAUUCAGAAAUAGGACAGUGGCAUUUAAAGCCUACUAUCUGUAAACAACCUUGUAUACUACUUAUGGAUUCACUGAGAGGCCCUUCGAGAUCAAAUGUUGUCAAGAUUCUAAGAGAGUAUUUAGAAGUGGAAUGGGAAGUUAAGAAAGGAAGCAAAAGAAGUUUUUCCAAAGAUGUUAUGAAAGGCUCUAAUCCAAAAGUACCCCAGCAAAACAACUUCAGUGAUUGUGGUGUAUAUGUAUUGCAGUAUGUAGAAAGUUUCUUUGAGAAUCCAAUUCUCAAUUUUGAACUACCUAUGAAUUUGGCAAACUGGUUUCCUCCCCCAAGAAUGAGAACAAAGAGAGAAGAAAUCCGAAACAUAAUUCUGAAGCUGCAGGAAGAUCAGAGCAAAGAGAAAAAGAAACAUAAAGAUAGUUCCCCAACAGAAGCAUCUUUAGGCGAAGGAGCAGAACAAUAUGUCAACAGUAUCUCAGAUUGACAUGACUGUGCUUGCCAGUUCUUCAUUCAAAAACCAAUGACUUUCAGCUUUGGGUAUAGACAGUAAAGAACUGAAGUGCUCACUACUCAGUGAUUUGAAAUGUUAAUGCUUGUAUAAAUGUCAUAUAAUUAAUUUCCAAAGGAGUAUGUAUUAAGUAAAAGUUUGUAAAUAUGUUAAUGAGGCCAAUUUUUCCAGCAUUUAUAAUUAUUUUUUUCACUUGUUAGGAAGCUUUUGUUAUGUAUUUUUCUGUUAAUAGUACUUAAAACUGCAACUUCUAAACACAAAAUAAAUAAAAAGAAAAUAUUUAUAGGAGGAAAUGAUUAAUUUCAUAUUCUUUAGUGAACUUGUAUAAUUUCUCAGUGGGUGUGAUAUAAUUCAUGGGAAUACUCAAGUAUCUAUGAUAAUUUUUUGACCAUUUACAUUUAUUCUAAAAUAACUUAACAUGAAAAUAAGAUAAAGUGUUUUGAACUAAGAAGACAUCUUCAUAUGCUUAUUUAGCAAAAAAAAUUAAUUCAUACCCUCUCAAGUGUUUGAAGAAUCCAAGACAUGUAAUAUUUAUACUCUACAUAAAUGUUUAAGAAAAAACGGUACUUAGAACCAUUCAAAGAAAAAUCACAUAGAAUUAUACCAUGAAAAACUAGCUAUACUUGCAUACGUUAUUGUCACAUGCAUUUCUGAAGACAUCAAGACUCAGGUUAAAACAUUUGAUAAGUGCAGCUUGAAUUUCAAAUAUUCCAUGUUACUUUUCUAUAUUAGAGCAUAAAAUGUGUUGCAAUCUGUGUGAUACUUAAUAAACAUUUUUUUAAUUUGUGUAAACAUAGGAACCUAAAUAGGAAUUUACUUUUUUUGUAAUAGCUUUUGCUAUUUUUUCAUUGAUCACUCUGUUCCUGUUAUUCUGGUAAACAGACAUCAAAAUUUUUGCCUGAUUUUUUUCAGUGUAGAUUAUUUUUACAUGUCAAUCAGUUGCAUAAUACAGUAAAAAUAUACUUUCGUUUCCUUUUUAAAUUACUAAAACAUGAUGGUUUUGAUGACAGGUUUACAAUUCACAUAGAGAUCUUGCAUAUGUUUGCCAAAACAGCUUUGAGACUUGACAUAUUUUUUAAGUCAUUUUCGGUGGGAUACAUGUAUAACAAAAAUAAUUGAAUAAAAGAAGGCCAUUUUGAUUAUCAGCAAUUAUAUUGUUUCUAACAUGGCCAUCUUUGGCAUUCUAAUAUCUUAAGCUACUUUUCUAAAGUUAAUAAAGUCCAUGGGUAUGUUUAGGGUGGAUAGAUGUGUUGUUAACAACCCAGAAAAGUCUAUUGAGAUACAGUUAAUAAGCAAAAUAUUAAAAUUAAUCUUAAGGUGGGUCACUGUUAAUGUUAUCGAUUGUAUGUUUUUCUGUUCCUUUGACCCAUCUUGAUAUUUUUUCUUUUUAGCGAUAUGUUAGAGCUAUUAGUUCAGAUACCAUAAUUAGCUCAUAUGAAAAAUGAAUUUGAUUUUAUUAAUUAAAUAUGGCAAAAUGCUCUUGGAUCUCUGAUCACACUAAGACCAAAGGUAGAUAUUGUUUUUUAAGUAACCACCUAGCAUCAGUAUCAAAAUUGUCAUUCUUAAUUUUUUAAAUGAAGGUUAUUGAAAAAACUAUUCUGAAAUACUUAACUGUUUUUGGUUUAAUUUUUCAUGGUUACAUUUUAUACUCUUAGCUAAUUUUUGAUUAGUUAAAAAUAGAACUUAGCCCUUGGGACAACAAAAGUCAAUUGCAUUUCAACAUGAAAAAUAUAGAUGGAUGAAUGUCAGCUUUCUAGACUUGGAGUAUUGAGCAGUUAGAUGGCAUAUUUCCCCACCCCAUGUGCAAUUUUAUUUUUGAAAGUUGUGCUAAUGACUAUAUAUAUUGAAAUCUUUGGAGGCUGCUAGAUUGAACUCCAAACUAGAUUUGAAAAUCUUUAGUGUAUGUGCACAUUCACUUGAUAAUUAUGUACUCUGGUACUUCUAUAUGUAGUUAAAAGUGAAUGUAAGCCUUUUUAAAUGUGUUAUUAGUACUUAGAACUUGUGAAACAGAACUUUAAGGUCUAGAGGUUUGUUACUAGACACUGAAACUGCAUGACAAGUAUCUGGUGUCUUAACUAAUUAGAUGGAUCUGUUGUAUUGGUUUUCUUGUUGGAUAGAAUAACAGUUAAUCAUAUUUAGAAGAGUUUUAGAUUACUUGGCCAUAAAAUUUGUAUGUAUCUCAGCUCUUGGUCAUUUAGGAGCAAAGGUGCUGUUUAGUCCUUUCCCUUUGAUGUUGCUAUAUUGACUUCAGACAGCUGAAAACUUAGUGGUACUGUUUCAGGUUCAUAUAAACCUAAAACAGCUUUUCUUUGUUUAGAAACUCUUAAUUAAAUAUAGGAGGUUUCAUUUGAAAGCAUAAAUUGAUUAUCUAAAUUAUAUCUUAAGUACCUAAAAUGAAUUCAGUAUUUUUCUUUAAAAUCUAUGAUCCCUGAAGACUAUAAAGUAUAAUGUGAGUUUUAAUAUCUUUAAAAAAUGUGAAGUCUUAGGUAAUACAUAACCUAUUUUAGUAUGCAUAAUCAGGAGCUGGUGGAGUAAAGGUAUUGGACUGUAACAGUAGAAGGGAAUAAG